AUGCAGUCUCUCAACAUCACCCGAGAGCAGUUCUCCAGGCUGCUACGGGACCAUAACCUGACGCGCGAGCAGUUCAUCGCGCGUUACGGGCUGCGGCCGCUUGUCUACACCCCGGAGCUGCCGGGGCGCGCCAAGCUGGCCUUCGUGCUCACCAGCGUGCUCAUAUUUGCCCUAGCGCUCUUUGGCAACGCGCUGGUGGUCUAUGUGGUGACCCGCAGCAAGGCAAUGCGCACCGUCACCAACAUCUUCAUCUGCUCCUUGGCGCUCAGCGACCUGCUCAUCGCCUUCUUCUGCAUCCCGGUCACCAUGCUACAGAACAUCUCUGACACCUGGCUGGGGGGUGCCUUCAUUUGCAAGAUGCUGCCAUUUGUCCAGUCAACUGCUAUCGUGACAGAAAUUCUUACUAUGACCUGCAUUGCUGUGGAAAGGCACCAGGGACUUGUGCAUCCUUUUAAAAUGAAGUGGCAAUACACCAACAGAAGGGCUUUCACCAUGCUAGGUGUGGUCUGGCUGCUGGCAGUCAUCGUAGGAUCACCCAUGUGGCAUGUACAACGCCUUGAGAUUAAGUAUGACUUCUUGUAUGAAAAGGAGCAUGUCUGCUGUCUGGAAGAGUGGGCCAGCCCUGCGCACCAGAAAAUCUAUACCACGUUCAUCCUUGUCAUCCUGUUCCUCCUGCCUCUUAUGCUGAUGCUUAUCCUGUACACUAAAAUCGGUUAUGAACUUUGGAUAAAGAAAAGAGUGGGGGACUGCUCAGUGUUUCGAACUAUUCACGGAAAAGAAAUGUCAAAAAUAGCCAGGAAGAAGAAGCGAGCUGUCAUUAUGAUGGUGACAGUGGUGGCUCUCUUUGCUCUAUGCUGGGCACCUUUCCACAUCGUGCACAUGAUGAGUGAAUACAGCAAUUUUGAAAAGGAAUAUGAUGAUGUCACAAUCAAGAUGAUUUUUGCUAUCGUGCAAAUAAUUGGAUUUUCCAAUUCCAUCUGUAACCCCAUUGUUUAUGCAUUUAUGAAUGAAAACUUCAAAAAAAAUUUUUUGUCUGCAGUUUGUUAUUGCAUAGUAAAAGAAACCUUAUCUCCAGCACGAAGGCAUGGAAAUUCAGGAAUUACAAUGAUGCAGAAGAAAGCAGUGUUUUCCCAGAGAGAGAACCCAGUGGAGGAGACAAAAGGAGAAGCAUUCAGUGAUGGCAACAUUGAAGUCAAAUUGUGUGAACAAUCAGAGGAGAAAAAAAUACAUCAAAUAACAUCUUGCCCUGUUCAAUUCUGAACUUUCUGAAAAUUCUGCUUUAGGUGGUGGCCGCUAAUUAUAACAAUGUCUGCAUAAUUAGGACUGUUUGUAGCUUAAUUGGAAGAGAAAAUUAU